GAACAAAACGAAACGACUAUACAUUCGAACUAAAAUCACCGAAUAAUUUCUAACAAGACAAUUUCAUAAAAAAAAAAAACAAAAUGGUUUACGAAAGUGGAUUUACAACUCGCAGAACUUACUCCUCCAGACCGGUGACAACUUCUUACGCCGUUUCGUAUCCGUCCGUUCAGAAAGUAACUCGUGUCUACAAAUCGAGUUAUCCCAUUUACUCGAGUUACUCAAUACCUAGGCGUAUCGUUACUGGAACUCGUCUGGUUACAUCGCCAAUCCGAGUUGUCACCUCCCCUUCAAGGGUGGUGUCACGGAUUAUACACUCUCCAUCGCCUGUUCGUGUUGUCCGUACAACAACUCGUGUAAUUUCAUCUCCGGAGAGAACAACGUAUUCAUAUACUACGCCAACGACCUACUACAGCCCAGCCCUUCUAUCAUCUUACACUUCGAAAUAUAUCCCAACAUCGUACACAACGUACACACCAUCUUAUCAUUACAAUCCUACAACAAUUACUCGUGUGUACGCCCGGUCGGUUUCGCCGGUGAGGAUAACUUCAUCUUCCGUUCGACCAGUACCUUCGUAUUUGAAGAGGCUACCUCCUGGAUAUGGUGCACGGGCCCUAACUAACUACCUCAAUACUGAACCCUUUACCACAUUUUCUGAGGAAACAAGCCGGAUUCGUAAUCGGGCACAAUCUCUGAUUCGGGACUUGCAUACUCCUGUGGUGCGCCGAGCACGUAGUUGUACACCAUUUCCAGUAACUGGCUACACAUAUGAACCGACUUCCCAAAUGGCCCUAGAUGCGUAUGUAGCCCGUGUAACAAACCCUGUCCGCCAUAUUGCAAAAGAAGUGCACAAUAUAUCGCACUAUCCAAGGCCAGCGGUAAAAUACGUUGAUGCCGAUUUAGAUCCCAAUCGUCCAUCUAGAAAAUUUUCUGCUCCUAGGCCUUUGGAGGAUCCCGUCGAUCUAGAGUCGAAAGAGAAGCAGCGUCUGCGCCAAGAACGACUCCUAACAGUAAACGAAGAUGCCUUGGAUGAAGUGGAAGCUGAGAAAAAGCGCGCUCAAAAUGCAAGCGAAGAGAAAAUUCUUAGGGAGGAAAAGAAACGUUUAGCUGCCGAAGCCGAGAAACGAAAUAUCAAAGCCAAGAUGGAGGCAGAUGCUCGCUUAGUCAGAGAAGCUGAAGAAGCAUCCCAAAAGGCUGCGGAAGAAGCAGCCCAAAAAGCUGAGGAAGAAGCAGCCCAAAAGGCUGCGGAAGAAGCAGCCCAAAGGGCUGCGGAAGAAGCAGCCCAAAGGGCUGCGGAAGAAGCCCAAAAGGCUGCAGAAAACGCCGCCCAAAAGGCUGCGGAAGAAGCAGCCCAAAAGGCUGCGGAAGAAGCAGCCCAAAAGGCUGCGGAAGAAGAAGCCCAAAAAGCUGCAGAAAACGCCGCAGCCCAAAAGGCUGCGGAAGAAGCAGCCCAAAAAGCUGCGGAAGAAGCAGCCCAAAGGGCUGCGGAAGAAGCAGCCCAAAAAGCUGAAGAAGAAGCAGCCCAAAAGGCUGCAGAAGAAGCAGCCCAAAGGGCUGCCGAAGAAGAAGAAGCACGUAUUGCAGAGGAUGAGCGGUUAGCUAAAGAAGCACUUUUGGAAGAAGAACAACGUUCACGAGAGCAUGAACUUAACCGCUUAGCGGAAAUUGAAAAGCAAGCUGAAGAGGAGAGCGAGGGUGAUCUCGCACGGCAGGCCGCGGAGCUGGCAGAGAUAGGUCGCCAAGAAGCUGAAAUUGCAGCUCUGGAGCUUCAAGCCAUUCAAAAAGUUGAGGGGGAAACCAACGAACCACUUAUUGAAGAACCAACCACACCAAACGAAGCAACCAUAGAAUUGAGCGCUACGUUUGAUGACACUGUUGGUCAGGCAGGCGGGGAUAGCUAUGAUGACGAAUAUGACGAAGACGAAUAGUUUUUGAGUAAUAACACAUCUGUUAUUUUAAUUUCAAAAACUAUUAAAAUAAAUAUGAUAAAAAUUUUAA